AUCUGGUGCAAUCGCAUUGUCGAAUACCUCAAGUUUUUCAAGUUAUUGCUGAUUUCUGACUCGACUAGACACUUAGAAGAUGGAGGUUUUGUUUUCAAGGCUUGCGAAAUUUGGUGUUGGUCUCGCUGUAGCUGGAAGCGUUGUGAACUCGGCUCUUUAUAAUGUUGAUGCUGGAUGCAGAGCAGUUAUAUUUGAUAGAUUUUCGGGUGUGAAAGAGACUGUGACAGGAGAGGGAACACACUUUCUUAUUCCAGUCAUUCAAAAACCUAUUAUUUUUGAUAUAAAAGCCAGACCAAGAAAUAUACCGGUGGUGACAGGUUCAAAAGAUUUACAAAAUGUCAAUAUCACAUUGCGUAUUUUAUUUCGUCCAAAGCCAUCAAUGUUGCCGAAUAUAUUCACAACCGUCGGUGAAGAUUAUGACGAAAGAAUUUUACCUUCAAUCACAAAUGAAGUUUUAAAGGCAGUAGUUGCUAGAUUUGAUGCCAGCGAGCUUAUUACGCAGAGAGAAAUCGUUUCACGACAGGUCAGUGAAGAUCUCGCUGAGAGGGCUGAUGCAUUCGGUAUGAUUCUUGAUGAUGUAUCACUGACACAUUUAACCUUUGGAAGAGAAUUUACACACGCUGUCGAAGCAAAACAAGUCGCCCAGCAAGAAGCAGAACGAGCUAGAUUUGUUGUGGAAAAGGCUGAGCAACAGAAAAUGGCUGCUGUUACAACGGCAGAAGGAGAUGCCAAAGCUGCUCAACUUAUCGCCAAAGCAAUUGCGGAAGCCGGUGAAGGUCUGAUUGAACUUCGUAAACUGGAAGCAGCAGAAGAAAUUGCCCAAGUAAUUUCACAUUCAAAGAACAUUUCAUACCUUCCAUCCAAUCAACAAGUACUACUGGCGCUCCCUGCUCAACAGUAAUCAUGAUUGACUAGUGACUAAAUAUCACUUCACGUGGUGGAACAAUUGUAAAUUAAGACUAGCAAUUAAUUUUUGUGCUUUUCAAGUUGAAUGCGAGUGAUAAUUGUUCUUAUGGUCUCUGCGCUUUCUGGUAUCUCGUCCUCUACAGUAUAGUGGUUGAUAAGUGUUCCUGGAAACAUGAAGUAAACAACAAAACAGCCUUGAUCACUUUGCUCUCAUUUGGACCAUUAAAAUACAGUUUUGAUUAUAAACCUUG